CAGAGAAGGCGGGGGAAGAAAGCGGAAGCCGAAGGGUCUUCUACACCAGAAAGUCUCCGGAGCUAGCGCCGGGCUAUUCGCAGCGCCCCCCCUUUGAGACGCAGUCUUAGAAGCCGGCGCGGGGAAGGCGUCGUCGCUGGAGCUGAGACCAGGCGUCCAGAGUUCUCAGGGAUGAACCUCGAGUUGCUCGAGUCCUUUGGGCAGAAUUAUCCAGAGGAAGCUGAUGGAACUUUGGAUUGUAUCAGCAUGGCCCUGACUUGCACCUUUAACAGGUGGGGCACGCUGCUUGCAGUUGGCUGUAAUGAUGGCCGAAUUGUCAUCUGGGAUUUUUUGACAAGAGGCAUUGCUAAAAUAAUUAGUGCACAUAUCCAUCCAGUCUGUUCUUUAUGCUGGAGUCGAGAUGGUCAUAAGCUCGUGAGUGCUUCCACUGAUAACAUAGUGUCACAGUGGGAUGUUCUCUCAGGAGACUGCGACCAGAGGUUUCGGUUCCCUUCACCCAUCUUAAAAGUCCAGUAUCAUCCACGAGAUCAGAACAAGGUUCUCGUGUGUCCCAUGAAAUCUGCUCCUGUCAUGUUGACCCUUUCAGAUUCCAAACAUGUUGUUCUACCGGUAGACGAUGACUCGGACUUGAACGUGGUUGCAUCUUUUGAUAGGCGAGGGGAAUAUAUCUAUACAGGAAACGCAAAAGGCAAGAUUUUGGUCUUAAAAACAGAUUCUCAAGAUCUUGUUGCUUCCUUCAGAGUAACAACUGGAACAAGCAAUACCACAGCCAUUAAGUCAAUAGAGUUUGCCCGGAAGGGAAGUUGCUUUUUAAUUAACACGGCAGAUCGAAUAAUCAGAGUUUAUGAUGGCAGGGAAAUCUUAACCUGUGGGAGAGAUGGAGAGCCUGAACCUAUGCAGAAGUUACAGGACUUGGUCAAUAGGACCCCGUGGAAGAAAUGCUGCUUCUCUGGGGACGGGGAGUACAUAGUGGCCGGGUCAGCCCGGCAGCACGCCCUGUACAUUUGGGAGAAGAGCAUAGGCAACCUGGUGAAGAUCCUCCACGGGACGAGAGGGGAGCUCCUGCUGGAUGUGGCUUGGCAUCCUGUUCGACCCAUCAUAGCAUCUAUUUCUAGUGGAGUGGUAUCCAUCUGGGCACAGAAUCAAGUAGAAAAUUGGAGUGCCUUUGCACCAGACUUCAAAGAGCUGGAUGAAAAUGUAGAGUACGAGGAAAGGGAAUCAGAGUUUGAUAUUGAAGAUGAAGAUAAGAGUGAGCCGGAGCAGACAGGGGCUGAUGCUGCUGAGGAUGAAGAAGUGGACGUCACCAGUGUGGACCCUAUUGCAGCUUUCUGUAGCAGUGAUGAAGAGCUGGAAGAUUCAAAGGCUCUAUUGUAUUUACCCAUUGCCCCUGAGGUAGAAGACCCAGAAGAAAAUCCUUAUGGCCCCCCACCGGAUGCCGUCCAAACUUCCUUGAUAGACGAAGGGGCUAGUUCAGAGAAGAAGAGGCAGUCUUCCGCGGAUGGGUCCCAGCCACCGAAGAAGAAGCCCAAAACAACCAAUAUAGAACUUCAAGGAGUUCCAAAUGAUGAAGUCCAUCCACUACUGGGUGUGAAGGGGGAUGGCAAAUCCAAGAAGAAGCAAGCAGGCCGGCCUAAAGGAUCAAAAGGUAAAGAGAAAGAUUCUCCAUUUAAACCGAAACUCUACAAAGGGGACAGAGGUUUGCCUCUGGAAGGAUCAGCGAAGGGUAAAGUGCAGGCGGAACUCAGCCAGCCCCUGACAGCAGGGGGAGCAAUCUCUGAACUGUUAUGAAGAUCCUUGAAGUGCUUCAGUCUUCCCCACUUUUCCAUCAUGUGGCUUCUGGACUCUGUUCAGUCAUUUGAAAGUGACUUUAAUUUAAAGCAAAUGCCUCUGCUUCGCCCAGGAGGUGGAAGGAGUGAAUUUUAUGUUUGAAUGAAGAAGUGAAUUAUGAACGAAGAGUAUACGUCCCUUCCCUUUCAAGCAUAAGUCCAAAUAGGCUCUCAGGAAUGCGGAUUUGUGAAGACAUCACAUGGGAGUUUGACUCAUUUACACUUUAAUAUGAGUUAUGUUGCUGGAGAAAAGAUACUUGUUUUGCUCAUCUAAUCUCACUGUACCCCACAUCAUUUUGACCUGUUUCCUACCUGC